AUGACAACACUGCCUGGAACUUACGCGGCCGUGGCACGCGAACGGCCGACUGCUUCCUCAGCCCCAGAAUCUUGUGCUAAUACAAAUUCUCCAGACACUGAAAUUCCGAUGGACGUCAGUGCCGUCAUAGCUGACGACCUACAAGAGUCCCGCCAAUCUACGGAAACAGUUGAAGUUCCACCGAAACAGGCACCUGCAACUAUUAAGGCAGCAGAUCGGCAGGAAGUUGAAGACCGACACACCUUGCAGGGAAGCGAAACUAACUUGGAUACUGAAGAAAGUCCGUCGAGAGGCAAUUCUCCAAAAAAAAAAAAAAAACAAAACAAAAAAAAAAAGAAACGCCGGCUGGCAUGCAUAGGUGCAGAGGAGACAGCUCCUACACUCCGACAAAAGGCAAAGGAAAUAGGUAGUAGCUUAAGCCAACAGAUGGCUGGCAACACGAAAGUGCCACCAGUUUCUGAGGAGCGUUCCCCUUCUGCGCUGGAGAAACGGGACGUCCAAGGAAAGCUAACAAAGAAAGUAUACACCCACCCUCAAGAAGCGAGUCACUCUCCUGAAGAUUCACUCGUCCAACCCACGACCACAACGUCAACCAGCUGGGCAGACGAAAGCGAUCAUAACAAUGCGGAUGAAGAAAUGACAGAAGUUUCAGAAACUAAAACAGACUGUACUCCAGCCCCAAAGGAGUCUGAUUUGUUCAACGAAAACGUCUCCGUGAACGAAAUUUCUAAAGACCAAGAACGCACCACCGAAACUUUUGCUACCGGUGAAUAUUAUUAA